UUCUGGUGCAGCUGUGAUCUUUGUGCACAAAUUACUUUGCCUCCAUGUCUCGGUGUUGUGUGCACUGUGCUGUAGCUUCAGUGAGGUCCUUGCAGUUGAGUGGGCCCUGUGGGGCUUCUUGACAAGGAGUGGGAUUACACUGCACAGUGAGGGUCUGGAGCCAAAGCUUCUGAAGACGUCCUUGGCUCUGAGCUGAAGAUGGGGAAGGUGGGGUAGGGAAGAAGUCAUGCGUUGUCCACAAGGUGUUUGGGAGCAUGGGGUCUUUCUCCAAAAAACAUUUCAGGAAGUCUAGAGCGAAGUGCUUCAGGGUUGAAAUUGAGGAAUAUCUGAGGCUGGAAGGGACCCCUGAAUGCCAACUGAGAACUGGAGCAGGUUGCUUAUAGCUAUGUCUGGUUGAAUUUUCUGUGAACAAACUAGUAUGUCCUGCAAAGGACCAUGGAGUCACAGGAUGCACAAAGAGAGGUGAAAACUGGAUCAUUUUGCCUGGAGAAAGGGUCAAGAUUUGAUCUAAUAGCACUUAUACACAACUUAGUGGCUACAGAAAAUGCAGACUCAGGUGUGCAGUGAAAGAUGGGAAAUAACAAGAUAGGGAAAUUUUAAAUAGACAGAAAAAAAAUCUCACACAGGAUAGGUAAGUGCUGAAAAAUGGACUUAAAGAGGAUGUGAAAACAUCUUUGGAGACAUAGAAUUCAACUGGACAUGUGGAAACAGUGCAGUUGAGAUGGCACAUUAGGAGAUGAGUGCAUGAGAUACAGAGAUAGGGAAUGUGGGCUUGUUGGAUGCAGGUGCGAGGGAGAGAGGAGCACAUGGGGUGUGAGGUGAGGGGACAAGAUGAGAAGAUUGGGGUGCCAGAGGACAGCAGAAGGAGGGAUGGCAGGGAUGGCAGGCUGUGUUGCUCUGAUAUGUGCACUGUGUGGGCUGGUGGGGUCCUGGGUGUUUGUGGGGUGGUCCUGGGAGCACUUGAGGUUGGGCCAAGGGACUACUUUCUCCAUGUUCUCCUGGAGCUGAGACCCCCAACUCUUUAGGAGUGGGGUUGGACUGCAGCUCAGGAGCACAGCAGGUGAUGGUAGAUUUAUCACCUCCUAAUGGGAGUGGGGGUGCGGGUGCACGCAACUGUCUCCUACCCGAGGGCUUGGGAAGGGGCUGUGCUUCACCUUGGGCUCUGGAGAAGAACAAGGUUUAGAGAGGGGCCUGAAGGGCCAGGCAUCCCCAGCAGGACCUGCCCAGGGUAGCACAGGGUUUACAGAAGCUCCUGUCAGCUCCAGCUGGCCCUGCUACCUGUCCUCAUAGAAUCCACUGUCCCAGCCUGGGGACUCUGGGGCCUUGGACCUCCCUCUGCCUGAGCCUCUCUCAGCUCCUGGCUGGGGCCACGUGUUCUGUCCAGUCUAUAAUUACCCGGGAACAUUCCUAGGGGGUCACAGGAGUUCUGCAGAGCAGCAGCAGGCGGUAAGAGGGACAAGUGCACGGCACAGCAUAACAGGCCACACAGUAAUGCAGGGGCACGGCAUACAGCAAGCACUUCACUGGGCUGCAAAGUGCAUGACCUGAGCAAAGACAAGCGACAAUGCGCUAACAGCAAGCAACAGCGGGGGCAAGGGGUGGCAACGUCAUGAGGGUCAGCACACCUUGACAGUAUGCGGUACAGGGGAGUAUGAUAUGCAACAUCGCAGACAACUAGCAGGAUAAUGCAUCACAAUGUGUGACAGGCAGCAUGACACACGACAGGCACUGCCAUGCACUGAACGGGUGUGACAGGUGCUUUGCUGGGGGCCUGCAGCUUGGUUGCUGUUGGACCAUCAGUAGUUUCAGCUAUGGGGCAAUGGCUGAGGAAGAGUGUGGUUGUGUUUGCUAUAGGACUGAAGGUCUGAGUGGUGACAGUUGCCUGAGCCAGUGUGGGGAACUGGCUGUGGGGCAGCAGUGUUGGCUGUGGGUCAGUAGCUUCAUGCUAAGGGUUCAGAGAUGAGAGGUGAGGAGCUCAGGCUUAGCUAUGAGGCAGUGAAAUGGGCUGUUGUUCUCACCUAUGGAGCUGCAGUUUUGCCAAGAAGCAUCAGAUUCAGUAAUGGAGCAGUAGCAGAGCCUGGUGGCCCUGGCUGUGGGGUAGAAGCUUUGGUGGUGGAUCCAGUGGCUUUGCUAUGUGGCAGUGCCAGUAGCAAGACCCCAUGUCCCCAGCCAGUACUCCAGUCAUGCCAGAAACUCCAGCUUUGGAGACAGAACCCUCACACCCUGCUUCAUGUAUUUCCACAGGCAGGAUGUGGGUUGCAGAGGGGCCAGCCCCAGACCAGUGGAGCCUGCGGGAUGGGGCUCAUGCUGGACACUUCCUGGCCAUGGCUGAGCACCUCCGCACCACAGGACAGCUGGUGGAUGUGACGGUGGGCCCAGAGGGUGACAUGGCCCAUGCUGUGGUCCUGGCCUCCAUCAGCUCCUUCUUCCACCGCUUCCUGGAGGGCAGGACCAGACAACUCCGCCAAGAUCCUCCACCCCAUGUCCCCCUGCCACCUGGAACCACAGUGUGGGGCUGGCGGGCUCUGCUCACCUUUGCCUAUGGAGGAAUUGUGCCCCAUGGCCGGGCAAAAGAGGUGGAGGAGGCUGCCCGGGCCCUGGGUGCCCCCCGGCUGGUGGCUGCCUGCACCCUGCGUCUGGAGAUUGACCACCAGGAAGAAGGUCCUAAGCCCCUGGAGGAGCAGUGGGAGACACUAAGAGCCAUGGAACAGCUCCUUGCCAAUGGUGUGGGCUGUGACCUCCAGCUCCAGGCAGGGAACGAAGUCAUCCCAGUUCAACGACUGGCCCUGAGCUGCUCCUGUGACUUCUUCCGGGCCCUUUUCACCUGCCCCAUGCGGGAGGCCACCCACGACCCUGCCGAUCCGCUGGUCACAGGGCUGUCACCAGCCGAGCUGCGUCUCCUCCUCUCCUUUGCCUACACAGGAGCUUUAACAGGGCCAUGGCCCAUGGUCCUGGAGGCAGCUGAGACCUCCCUGCGCUACCAGGCCUGGGGGCUUCUCACUCUCUGCCUGGAUGUUUUCACCCAUGGUCUGACCCCAGAAACUGUCCCUGAUGUGCUGGCCUUUGCUGUGGACUAUGGGUUGGAUGAGGUGGUCCAUGUAGCAGAGAACUAUAUCUUGGCCACCUUCCCCUGUGUGGUGGUUACACCAGCCUUCCUGGAUCUUCCUGCACACCUUCUCAUCCGCCUCCUCCGCUCUGAUGGUCUCAAUGUCCUCCAUGAACUGGAAGCCUUGGAAGCAGCAUCUAGGUGGCUUAUGGCCAAUGGAGAUGGCCAGGAAGAUCUAGCCAAAGAGAUCCUGUCAUCUGUUCGCUUUGCCCUCAUGUCCAGCCUGGAGCUGAAGAAGGUCCUAUCUGUGACUGCAGGGGUAGCUGACCCAAAGAUUCUCCGUGAGCUCAUGGUAGCAAGUUUCACCCCCAUGGCCCAGCUGCCAUGCCGGGUACGUUCCUUGCAAGAGGUGUUGGUAGUUUGUGGUGGAGACAAAGUAAAGGACAACCUCACUGCCCGGAAGCCCAGCAGACAUCUCUGGUUUGCAGACCGCUACCUCAGUGCUGUGGGGCUGGUGAAGCAGGUUGAGUGGCGGGCACUAGGACAUUUUCCUGAUGGCCCACGCUUCCGUCAUGCUGUAACUGUGGUGGGCAACAACCUCUACAUCCUGGGCGGAAAACACUACUACGGCGUCCAUGACACCCUAGCCAGUGUGUACAGGUACCAACCUAUGGAUGAUUCCUGGGAGCGUCUGGCCAGUAUGACAUGUGGACGGAGCUACUUUGCUGCUGUGGCACUUGGUAAUUUCAUCUAUGCCCUGGGGGGCAGCUCAGGGGAGCUCUACUGCAUAGAUACUGUGGAGUGCUACGACCUGGCCAAUGACACCUGGAGGCGGUGCCAGCCCCUGCCAAUGGCUCUGUGUGGGCAUGCGGCGUGUGCCCUGGAUGGUGAGCUCUACGUAUCGGGUGGGUGUGAUGAAGCAUAUCAGUGUCAGGCAUCCUUGCUCCGCUAUGUCCCAGGUGCACCUGUCACACUCCUAGCCCCCAUGAAUGGCGAGCGAGCUGGCCACAUCAUGGAGGAGGCAGGUGGGCAGCUCUAUGUUGCUGGGGGCCUGUGUCAGCGGACUGGGCAGACUGGUUACAGGGACCAGCUGACCUUUGAGGUUUACAGCCCCAAACAGAACAUCUGGGUCCUCCUCAGCCCCCUCCCCCGCGCACAUGUAGUUGGGGGUGCAGCUGUGCUGGGAGGGGAACUGCUUGUACUGGGAGGGUACAGUCAUGACACCUACCAGGACACUCACUUGAUCCACGCCUAUCAGCCGGGUACCCGGCGCUGGAUCACCCGAGGCACAUUGCCCCAUGCCUAUACUGACCUACAAGCCUGUGUUCUCACUGUACCCCCAGCCUUGCGUGCCCCCAGCUCCCUUAAGGACCCCUUGAGAUCAACAGAAACUCCCAAUAAUGCUUAGGGUGUACUCUCUGCACCCCAUACUGGGAUACCCAGAUAGCAUCCAUGCAUACCUCUAUGGGACAAAAGUGUCCAGAUCCCUCCCUCCCCCAGAGUGGGCUCCUUCUGUGGUUUCCAGCAACCCUUCACCCUCAGGAUACAUGACCUAGACUGUUGUGAACCUGUGGAACAUAGAUAGUCCCAACACUGUAGGGAUUAGCCCUGUGCUUCCAAGAAUACUCAGUCCCUUUGCCUGAGCCCUUUGCUGGGAGCUGGGAAACCCCUAGUUUCCCCCCACACUUCGGUUGAAUAAAAGUGCUUCCUGA